GCUCCAGCUGCUUUCAAACGUAAUGUGAUGUAAACAAAAUUUUCAACUUGCGUGGUGUACCGAGCUCUAGUUUUAAUUUUUAGAUUCCUGAACAAAUUUAAAGUAAAAAUGCACUCUAUUUCCAGGCUCCGAGUAGCCGUUAGGUCUACGAUAACCAAAAGUAUCUGCACCAGCCACUCGCUGCAAUCCGCCUACGAAGGCGACGGAAAGACGUCGGUAUCGAUCCUCAACAAGGAAGCUGAUGCCGGGCUGUUGAUAAACUCUUACAGCCAAGUUGGAUUCCGGCUUAGUAACGACAUGAAGGUGAUCGGACCGAUGGCAAUUUUCCCCCGGUCCGUGCUCUCGUGGAACGUCGAGAGCCACGAAGACAUCACCGAGGAAAGUUUAAGCCUGUUCACGGCGUUGGAGCCCAAGAUUGACCUGCUGGUGGUGGGAAUUGGCGACCAGCAGACCACCCCGGCGUUCACUAGGAAAAUCAUAGAAUUUAUGAAAAAGUACCGGAUAAACGUGGAGGUGCUCAACACGGAACAAGCGUGCGCCACCUUUAACUUUUUGAAUGCGGAAGGACGGGUGGUGGCGGCGGCGCUGAUUCCUCCGAUGUCCUUGCGGAUCAACGAGGACGACAUGAUGCGAACGCACAUUGCAUCGAGUAGGCCUUUCGAGUUGGAUGAAAAGUAGGACAAAGGGAAAGUGGCUUAGCAAUUAUUGUACAUAGUAGGAGGCACCGAUAAAUGAAAAAGUGAAUGAUUUA